AUUUGCUAUUUCAAUAGGAUCAAAAGAUCCCGCAAAGCACUUCCUGGACGGGUCUGAAGACUAUCCACGUAAGAGUCGUAUAGGUUUACAUCGUUGACGAAAGAGAAAGUAAGGCCUAUACAAUGGACGGUGGCGGAGAUGAAAUAUCAGAUGAACGGAUAGCGGAGGCUUGUCUCAGAGGGGUCAUGGAGGAGGAGCUGAGGGAGGGCCACCUGGACGUCGAGGCUCCGGCGCUGCCAUCGGGCCCCGAGCCGCAGAGUGAGGCGGAGAGAGAUUUGAUGGAUGAGUUGGGCCGAAGGGUUCGCCAACAGAGCUCCCUUCUCAAAGGCAACCAAGAGUUACAAGACUCCAUCGAUGGGGUGAUUCGAAUGCCAGGUUCAAUGAUGGACAAGUUCUCACAGCUGGCAGGCAAAGUGUUUAAGAAUGGAGUGACCUGGGAUAAAAUCAUAUUGCUGUUCUAUGUUGCCGGAAGGAUGGCAAUAAAGGUGAUGGAAGAUAAUCUGCCUCUACAGGUGAUUGAGAUCUUCAAGAUAGCGUUGAAUUACUUCAAGGAGAAACUACUGGGCUGGGUCACUAGCCAUGGAGGAUGGAGCAACUGUCUGUCGGAGCUAAGUGGCCGUAUGCAGGGCAUGCCACUCACCACCAAGCAGACACUCAUCAUCAUCGCCGGCCUGGCCUUCCUGAGCAUCGUCGCCUGGAAGCGGACACGGAGGGCCUGAAGCCAGGGCCACGGAGGGCCUGAGGCCAGGGCCACGGAGGGCCUGAGGCCAGGGCCACGGAGGGCCUGAAGCCAGGGCCACGGAGGGCCUGAGGCCAGGGCCACGGAGGGCCUGAGGCCAGGGCCACGGAGGGCUUGAGGCCAGGGCCACGGAGGGCCUGAGGCCAGGGCCACGGAGGGCCUGAAGCCAGGGCCACGGAGGGCCUGAAGCCAGGGCCACGGAGGGCCUGAGGCCAGGGCCACGGAGGGCCUGAAGCCAGGGCCACGGAGGGCCUGAAGCCAGGGCCACGGAGGGCCUGAGGCCAGGGCCACGGAGGGCCUGAAGCCAGGGCCACGGAGGGCCUGAGGCCAGGGCCACGGAGGGCCUGAGGCCAGGGCCACGGAGGGCCUGAGGCCAGGGCCGCUGCCAGCCAUUUGGGUGAUUGCUUAGUGGUAGUUAUGACUCCAUUUCACCUACAGAUUUUGAUCUUACUCUCAUUUUGACAGAGAAAUCGGUUAUACCAGCCUGUUAUCAGUAUCAGUCACAUUCAGUUACUCAGUGGUGUAGUGUAAGGAUAGGUUUCUUCAGAUUGCCAAAUUAUUUUUACAAACAGAUUUUUUUAUAUUUGUAUUUGAGAUAGGGCAAAAAAAAUAAUGCAUGCUCCGCAAAAAUAACUAACUAAAUAAGCGGGCCCCGUCCAUGCAGUAUACGCUCUGGCUCGGCUGCAUGUCUGACACGGCCCUUAGUCGAAGAGCUCGUCCCUCGUUGCGGAUCAUCGUCCGUUAUCUGGAAAUAUUUCGGAUUUAGGGCAAGCGAUUUGAACCAGCAUCAAACAAUCUUCAAAGUGUGCUGUAGAGCUGUGUCAGCGCCGCAAGGCAACACAACUAAUUCAUUCGGCCACCUGAACACACACCACAAAAUAGACUGACGAAUGCAUGAAUGCUAUGAAAGUGUUGCAUCGGCCAAUGCAAUCACAUUCCAUUUGGCCAAAGAUAUGUGUCCAAUAAACACCGUCAGUAAUGAAGUCUUCAAGAAAAUGGUAAACAUACUGGACAAUAGGUAUGUUAUCCCCUCGCGCAAUUAUUUUUCCAAAGUGGCGUCACCAGCGCUGUAUUCAAAACGUCAGGGAGAAUGCCUUUUCUACUGGUGCAUUCUCUGGUGGCAUAUUUAUUUUAGUAAUCCUAUUUAUUUAAACGCCUUAUUUGCAAGUUGAACAAAUCUUUUACAAUUUAAACAUUGUCAAAUCUGUGCCCUGUUGAUUUAAGUUGGUGAUAUCUAUGCAAAGAUUUGUACAUUAGCAGGAAUGUAGCACAGUGGUUCACGGUUAUUAAAGCAGUGUCAUGUUAACGUGAUCGUUCAAUACAAAUAUUUGUCAAUCAAAUGAAUAAUCGUGGUAAAUAAUCGGGAUAUCAGUAUUGAUCAAAAUAAUUGUGAUAAUCAUGUUGGCCAUAAUCCCGCACCCCUAAUAUGACAUGUGACAAUAAAUAAAUCAUCUUAAAUCUUGAA